UGAAAAUAAUCAUUAGAUAUGUGUGUAUUGAUGAAAUGCCCGUAAUUAAUUUCUUACGAAGUGAUAUCCCAACUGGAAAACCACAGAUUCUGCAGAGAAUCACCACCGGCUGUAAUUUUAGGAUUUAAGAACAGAUUUGAAGGAAGUCUCUAUUCUUCUCUUUACUCGUUCUUCUUUUUAUUGUUUUUCUACAAAAUCCAAUUAAACAGAAAUUUAUCGGUUUUCUGUUUUUCACAUGUCUAAUCCACCGGAUUCACAAACUCAGCAAGGGACAGAAUCAAAUCAUUUAUCUGAACAAACACGCAUAAAUGCUGAAAACAUAGUUCACCAUGCUGAGAAGCUCAGCGAAAGACCAGAAUUACUAGAAUCUCUACAGGAUACUAUUCUUUCCUCCAUUGUAGAUGAUAAAACAUCAAUUGAAGAUGUUGAAGCUACCUUAAAAUACGUUUUGGAUAUAUCGGGGGAACAUAAUGCGCUAUUGACUACUUGCCUUGUAGAUUUGUUUUGGCUUUUUGAUAACGAAUUAGAGAACUUAUGCCAUUCAGAAGGAUUGCAGAAGUCAAGGGAAAGACUCAACUACUUAGUUAAUAGCCUUAAAUCUCUCCUUCCCCAUGAAAUCUUGUUGUCUCGUCUUGAUAGUAAAUUUUUGGAAACGAUUAGCUUGACGUCUAAUGGAGACUUACUUAAUAGAAAGAUUGCCAGAACGAACACAACUUUACUUUAUCGUCAAAAAAAGUUUAAUUUAUUGCGUGAGGAGAAUGAAGGAUAUUCAAAAUUAAUGGUUGAAAUUAUUGACGGUUACAAUUGCUUUCGUUCUAAAACUUUGGAAACACACAUCCUAUCUUCACAUAUUAAUGAGCGAAUCAAAACAAUUAUUGGAUCCUUCAACUUGGACCCGAACAAGGUCUUGGAUACCAUCUUAACGAUAUUUUCGACCAACAUUGUCGAUGGUUGGAAAUUCUUUCUUGAGUUAUUAAGCGACAGUCCUUGGAAGCCCGAAAACCAAAAAAAGUUUUGGAAGGAUAUGUCAGAUGAUGAACAAGAAAAAGAACUAGGCAGUUUUCUUUACGAAGAAGGAAGCCUUUCUUUUUCUCCUGUUUUUAGCGGUAAAAAAAGUACGAUGGCCCAGAUCCUUGGCCAUGACUUGCAAUAUUUAUAUAACGAAAACGACUCUACUGAUGAAUCGAUAUAUUACUUAAUUGCAAUUCUACUGAAGUAUGGUUUCUUUGGACUCGAUAACAUUUGGCCUCACCUUUCUCCUUCAGAUGAUGAUAUGAGCAAAGAAUGGGAUCGUUACAAAAAUAAGGUUGACGAUUUAUCAUUUAAAGCUAAAGGAAAUGCAUUGACUAUGGCUGCACCGUUGCCAGACGAGGAGACAGAAACCGGUGUAGCAGCAAGUGAUGUUCCAGAAAAGCAACAAGAGCCAGCAAAACCGAAGUCCUCUCAAAAGAUUGGCGUACUUAAGGCUUUACUGGCAAUUGGAGAGUUGAAAACGUCGCUGGCAAUUUUGGGAAGGUACCCCUUUAUUUUACGAGCUUUUCCCGAUCUUGCAAAUUUAUACCACAAGCUGUUACACGUUUCAUUUGCUCCUGUGUAUUCUUUUUUUAGUCCUCAAAAUAGACUUUCGAAGGAGACUAAGGAACGCUUAAAGCAGCCUAAAUACGUUCCUACUGACGUCCGAUUACGUGAAAUUACACUUCGUCCUCCUGAUCGGAAAAAAUUAGAAUAUGGAAUUGAUCCCUUCGGACAUCGCAGAAAUCAAACACAGCAAGAGGUAUUUUUUUACGAAGAAUAUAAAGAUGAGAAUAUUCCUUUGCUGAAAACGGCCGAAGAUUUUUAUCAGAUCGGCAUUCCUUGGUUAGAAUUAUCGGGAAUUGCUCUUCAUUACGAUCCUACUUUAAUCAUUAAGCUCUGCCGUAUAGCUAAAGGCUUUCUUGGGAAAAGCUCAGAGAGACGUGACCUCUGGCUAGACGUUAUUCGCGUUAUUUUACUACCUGUUUAUAGUUUAGUAGGGGUUAAUAUUGGCUUAUCGAAUGAGCUUUAUGAUUUGUUGACGUUAUUCGAUCCUUCAACAAGAUACUCGCUUUAUGGAGAGUGGUCAAGUACUACCAUCAAAAAGUACCCAGAAUUAAAACUUCAGCUAAUCAGCACCGAGCGCGAAACUAAGGGAAUUUUGAGACGAUUGACAAAAACAAAUGUCAAGCAGACAGGUAGAUUGCUCGCAAAAGUUUGCCAUAAUAUUCCUUACCCCGUAUUUUCUAUUGCACUGAACCAAAUAGAAACAUAUGACAACCUCGUGGAGGUUAUUGUGGAUUCGGCUCGCUUUAUGACUGCCCUUGAUUUCGAUGUUUUGACAUUUGCAAUACUUUCUUCUUUCUCAAAUGAAAUGAAAAAGAGACUGAAACCCGAUGGAACAAGUAUCGCACAUUGGCUACAAGGUUUAGCUUCCUUUUGUGGAAAAGUCUUUCGAAAAUAUUCAAACCUCGAUUGCACAUUUAUUGUUGAAUAUUGCAUAAAACAAUUGAAAUUGAAUCAGAUGUUUGAUCUUAUUGUACUGAAAGAAUUACUUUCUCAAAUGACUGGACUACAGCCUUGGACAAAUUUAUCCGAUACUCAGCUUCAAGGAGCAGCUGGGGGUCCUUUUCUUCGAGAAAUUAGCCUGUCAUUGAUUUAUGAAAAUAAAGAAUCAAUGAAGAAAUGCUUUUCACGGCUGUUUAUGACUUUGAGAAAAAACGGGCUUGUUACUCAACUAGUUAUACUACUUGCUCAGAAAUUUAGUAGUAGUGUUUACGAUGUGACAGAGGGAAAUUCACAUUUAAAACUCGUGUCAGCUUUAUAUGAUGAUUGUUGUGAUGUCCUUUAUUUACUUAUGGAAUUCCUGAGUAUGACUUGUGACAGACGCGAUUAUUACGAAUUAUUGCCUUCCUUUGAUGAAAUGGUCAAAGAAUACCAUAUCCAGCCUCACGUUGCAUUCUUCAUACUAAGAUAUAGACACCUGAAGUCAAAUCAUUCCAACUUGGAUGAAUAUGUGGAUGAUCCUAUGGACAUUGACAAUGAUGCUAAGGCCAACGCCAACGAUGAACACUCAAUUGGGAUGAUAAACUUCCCAGUCUCGACGUCGUCUAUAAUAAGUUUACUUCCCGAGAAUGUUUGGGAGUGCAUAAACCCUGAUCUGUAUGAACUAUUUUGGAAACUCUCAAUUUAUGACAUCUAUGUUCCUUUAGAGAGGUAUGAGUAUGAAAGCAAUCGUGCUUUUGAACAAUUCCGCCAGGUUGAGGUUUCUGGUCAACCAUAUUCCAAGAGUAAACAAGAAUGCCAAAAGUUGACGACUUUAUCGGAUAAUUUACGAAACGAAUUGAAGGACCACAUCCAGUCGCUAGAAACCACCAGGAAAGACUUACAAAGUAAGUGUACAAAGUGGUUCCUUCCUAUGGAUACACAACGUUUGCAUCCCAGGGGCCUUGCAUCACAAUACUUUUGGAGUUACUGCAUUGCUCCUAGACUAAGAAUGGGCCCUCUUGAUGCCCUUUACUGUGCUAAAUUUAUUAAACUACUUCAUUCUCUCAAUGCUCCUAAUUUUUCUACCAUAUCUUUCCUCAACAAGCUGUUUGAUUCUCAUAUACCAUCUUUUGUUUUUGCAUUAACUCCACGGGAGUCCGAUAAUUUUUCCAGGUUCCUUUUCCAAAUACUUAAUGACGUGACACAUUGGUACAAGGAAAAAAAUAUUUAUGAAAAGGAAUGCUUAGGAAAUGGUUUACUUACUGGUUUUCGGGUUGAUUGGCUUGACGAAAAUGGUCCCUCUCUUUUGCAACACAAUAAGUUUGUACUUCUUGUAAGCAAAUGGCACAAACAAUUAACACAGUAUUUUGAACAGUGUUUGAUGUCAGGGGAGUACAUGCAUAUCUAUAACGCGAUAAUCAUCUUAGAAAAGAUUCUUCCAUGUUUCCCUUUGAUCCAAGAAAGUGGGCAAUCAUUAAAGAAAGCAGCUGAUAACCUUAAAGAGAAUGAAAAGCGAGAAGACAUUAAAAUCUUAGCUUUGGGCUAUUAUGCUAAGCUGUGUAAAAAGGAACCAACCUGGGUUUCAUUCAAUACAUUUUCUGGGACUAUAAAACCCAAAGCCUCUACUCCAGUCACUGAAAAGCAGCCUCCUGUUGAUAGUGCUGACAAGUCUGAAGAAUCAAAUAAACCAACUGGUGGUUCAGGAUUGAAUGUUAAUGCUUCAGAGUUUGUACCUAAGACUGAGAAUACCGAAAUACAGCAAAUGAAAACAGCAACUUCUGAUAACGUUCCUUCAAUGGAGGAUACUAAUACCAAGCAGGAAAACGAUACGGGAACAGUUAAAACACCUAAAUUGACAUCAACAGAGAAACCCUUAUCAAGUGAAAGUCAGGAAGGUAUUCGUAGUCAACGUGGAAAGGUUUCACAGACAGAGGAACUAAGAAGAAAGGAAAGGGAACGAGAAAGGAGGGUUAGAGGCACAUAUAAUAGGAAUAUUGAGAGGCCUCAAUCUCGUGGUAGUGGUUCGUCAGAAAAUGAACGAAACUCACCUCGUUAUGCUAAACGUGAUGCACCAAAGAGAGAAAACAGGGUUGAGGAUGAGAAAGGAGAUCGCCGGUUUUCCAAUGGUAUUCAAAAUAGAAAUAUUCGCUCUAAUGAGAGUCAAAAACGUAAAGAGGCAAAUACCGAUGAGUCGUCUGAGCUUGGCCGAUCAAGAGUUAGAGACGAUGAUGAAAGAGAAGCUCGUCGUCAAGCUUCGUCAAGAACAAAUCGAAACGGUAAAAGCAAUAGGAAUAAUGACGCAAAAAAUGAACUUGGUCGCCGAGUCUCUACCCCGUCUUCUGAAAGACAAGCUCGAUCGACUAAUGCUUCUAGUGGUCUUGCUGAUGAGAAUAGAAGAGAUGAACAGCGAAAUACGGGCAUGAAUAGACGAGCACGCCAAGAUGAAAGAAGAGAUCGUGAUACUCGUUUACAAAAAGAACGACAGCGUGAAAGAUCGUCUAUGCGUUCUGGUAGGGAUGAAAAGAGAAGACGAUUCCAAUAAAGGAUCCUCCAAAUUUAUUAACUUUGCUUUUUACUCUCAGCCUCGUUAAUAUAGUGUAAAUUAAUUUGCAAUUCUAUAAAUUAAAUAAACGAAGGUAAACUAA